AAGAAACCUGACUUGUAUUAUGGCCUGCACGACUGUAUUCUCUUGAACUUCAAUUUCCAUUUGCAGCUUCAAAACUUUAUCUGAGCUGUUUUUAUCUGUAUUUUAAUAAAUAUACUGUUUGUCUUAUUGUGAUCUUCCAAGUAAAGUCAACCCCUUAUAUAAAAAAAACCAUAGAAAACCAGAGUUGUUUCUGCCCACUUCAGCUCCUCUUUUCUUCAUUUUUAUGAUUACUUUCAUACUUCAUUUGAGAAAAAUGUUGAAAUUUUCAGCUAUGUGAGUAUAAAGUUUGCAUUUUUAUUUAUAUUAUAAGUAGCAUUAUCUGCAUGUUCUGAAAUGGAAGUUCUUGAAAAGGGUAAAAUUCAAUCUUGUUACCAUUUUGGUGGCUUCUACAUUGUGUAUUGAAGAUUUAUAGGUAUUUUUGUUUGAAAAGUUAUGAUGGAGUUCAAGAAAGCCAAGACGGUAAGGUUUGAGACUUCAUGGGAGAAGAAUGAGAACAAUCUUCUUGAAAAGCAACUACCUUUAUAUGCUGGAAGUUUACUAAAACCUGAUGAUAGAAAUGUUGACAAAGUUGGAGCAAGUAAAGUUCCUAAAUUUGGAAAGUUUAAGGUUUUCCCAGAAAAUUAUGUACAAGAAAAAAAGAAAAUCCUUGAUCCAGGCAGUGAAAUUGUUAUACAAUGGAAUAGAGUUUUCUUGUUUUCUUGUUUGAUGGCUCUCUUUAUGGAUCCAUUAUUUUUUUACCUUCCAUCAGUGGUGAAUAAAGGGAAGUCAUCAUGUAUGACAAUUGACUCAAAUCUUGGGAUUACUGUGACAUGUUUUAGGACAGUGGCAGAUAUUUUCUACAUGUUACAUGUGAUUAUUAAGUUUAGGACUGCUUAUGUUUCAAGAAGGUCAAGGGUGUUUGGAAGAGGGGAACUUGUUAUGGAUAAGAAAUUGAUUGCAAGGAAGUAUUUGAAGACUGAUUUCAUCAUUGAUGCUAUUGCUGCUCUGCCUCUUCCUCAGAUUGUAAUAUGGUUCAUCAUACCAGCAAUUAGAAGUUCCCAUUCAGAUCAUACCAACAACGCCCUUGUACUAAUAGUCCUGCUGCAAUAUCUGCCAAGACUCUAUCUGAUUUUCCCGUUGAGUGCUCAAAUUAUUAAAGCUGCUGGGGUUGUCACAAAAACAGCUUGGGCAGGAGCUGCUUACAAUUUACUACUCUACAUGUUGGCCAGCCACGUCCUGGGUGCUUCCUGGUAUUUAUUAUCAAUCGAGAGGUAUGCUACAUGCUGGAAAAUAGCUUGUGAAAAGGAGUUCGGUCCUAUUCAAUGCUCCAGCCGUUUUCUUGACUGUGGUACUGUAGACCAUGCAGACAGGGUUACGUGGGUAAACAACACCCAAGUUUUCAGCAACUGCUAUCCUACUAAUUCGACCAUUUUCGACUUUGGGAUAUUUUCAGAUGCAGUUACAAACAAUGUUGUCUCCUCUGAGUUCCUUGAGAAGUACUUGUACUGUUUGUGGUGGGGUUUACAAAAUUUAAGUUCUUACGGCCAAAACUUGACCACAAGUACAUAUAUAUGGGAAACUUCAUUUGCCAUUCUUAUUGCUAUUUUUGGGCUAGUUCUGUUUGCUCAUUUGAUUGGAAACAUGCAGACAUACUUACAAUCUAUCACUGUGAGGCUUGAAGAAUGGAGACUCAAGCGACGAGACACUGAAGAAUGGAUGAGGCAUCGCCAACUCCCUCAGGAUCUACAAGAACGUGUUAGACGUUUUGUACAGUACAAGUGGCUUGCCACUCGAGGAGUAGAUGAAGAAUCUAUCCUGCAUGCUUUACCUUCAGACCUUCGUCGUGACAUCCAACGGCACCUAUGUUUAGACCUUGUUCGGCGUGUUCCCUUCUUCUCACAAAUGGAUGAUCAGCUGCUUGAUGCCAUAUGUGAACGUCUGGUUUCGUCGUUAAGUACUCAAGGAACAUAUAUUGUACGUGAGGGUGAUCCAGUAACUGAAAUGCUGUUUGUUAUCAGAGGGACAUUAGAGAGCUCAACCACGAAUGGGGGCCGGACAGGCUUCUUCAAUUCAAUUACUUUGAGGCCAGGUGAUUUUUGUGGUGAGGAACUACUUGCCUGGGCGUUGUUGCCAAGAUCCUCUCUUAACUUACCUUCAUCAACGAGAACAGUGAGAGCCUUGUCGGAAGUAGAAGCCUUUGCAUUACGAGCAGAGGAUCUCAAGUUUGUAGCCAAUCAAUUCAGACGUCUUCAUAGUAAGAAGCUACAGCACACCUUCCGUUAUUACUCUCACCACUGGAGAACUUGGGCUGCCUGUUUUGUUCAAGCUGCUUGGCGGCGUUUCAAGAGGAGAAAACUGGCCAAACACCUUAGUAGGAGUGAGUCCUUGUCUUAUGCUCCCGAGGAUGACCAAUCAGCAUAUGAAAGUGAGGAUGAUCAACAAAAGAAGGAUACACCAGCAAACUCUUCGAAUGUAAUACAGAAUCUUGGAGUUACAAUAUUGGCCUCAAGAUUUGCUGCACACACAAGGAGAGGAGUUCAGAAGAUGAAGGAUAUGGAUUUGCCUAAGUUACAGAAGCCCGAGGAACCUGACUUUUCGGCUGACCCAGAUGACGACUAGCUCAAAUUAUGGCCGAUUUGAAGACCAUCUCCCACAGGUGAAAUUAUACAGAACUGAAGAAGCACUAUAAAGACAUACUACAGUGAAUUUAAAGAACUUUAUUCAAGUAAAGGAAAAAAAGGAAAAAGAUCCAUUCAGGUUGUACUGCAGUUGAUUAUAAUUAUAAUCAUCAAUAGACUGUAGUUGUAAGUAGAAAAUUGGUGAAAGAGAAAAUAGGUUCCUAUAAAAUGUGAGAAGAAUUGAAUGAAAACAGCAACGGUAGGUCAGUUUGUUGAAGAAAAACAAAAGGAUAUGUUUUAUGUUU